UGCUCCUGGGCAGCUCCAGCAGCGACCCGCCUCUCAGCGAGGCUGGGUUUCAAACAGGCAGAACCAGAUUCCCCAAGUAGAAAGUAAUCAAUUUGCCCGUCUACUGCAGUUGGAGAAGUCAGUUUCUCUCUCACACCACCGCUCCUGAAGAUGAACCCUUGGACAAUUAAUUAAGAGCCAGAAGCAGAAGGCACGCAGAAAAUACCGCACGGAAUGCCGCUCAAGAGACAUUACUUAGGCAAAUAUUUGAAACAAUGCUUCUCAGAUUAUACCGAAGCUUACCCUCAGGAGUUCCUCUGUAAAGGAUAAACGAGAGAGCCACCAGCACAAGAUUAAAAGUCUGGCGGACAGCAAUCAGGAGGAUGUUUUAUCCUAGAGAAGCGAGGCCUCAGCAGAUACAGCAAGAAAAGUUACUGGCAGCUCAUUGGCUUUUGGAGGAAGUCACAGAAAACAAAAUUCUUGCUAUUUUUAACAAACAAGGAGACAGGAGGACCAGCCAACAGUUUCAGGCCUCCCAUGGAGGACCUAAGGCACUCUUAAGAUUUAGCCCUGAGCCCCUUCUUUCCACGGACUUUACCCGGAUUGCUUUAAAAGCUUCUAACUACACGUAAAUAAUCCAAAUGUGAGACACAAUAUUGGAGUUAACUCUCUGUGUUGCAAGAGGGGAAAAAAAACCUGGAAAAAAAGACCCUGAACAUAAAAACCAUGAGAGACCGCCUCCAAGAGCUUAAACUGAGAGCCAAGGAACUACAGACAGCUGGAGAAAACAACGGUGCAACUGUACAAGAGGAGGAGCCGGAGGAGUUUGAACAGCAGGCCAUUAUUUACGAAAAAGAGCCCAUAACUGAAAGACACUUGCAUGAAAUCCAGAAGCUUCAGAAUGAAAUUAAUAAUUUGGUGGAGGAAGUUCAUAAAUUCAGUCAACAACAAAAAAGCCUACUAUCUUCAAUGAGACGAUUCAGUGUUCUGAAAAAGGAAUCUAACAUAGCAAGAGAAAUAAAAAUUCAAGCAGAGCACAUACGAAAAUGUUUGGAUGAACUGUCAAAAACAGUGAAAAAAGCUGAAAAUGAACACGGGCCAACAUGUGCCACAGUAAGAAUUCUAGCUUCCCAGCACGCUUUCUUAUCCCACCGUUACCUAAAUGCUAUGCUCUCAUACAACGACGCUAUAAAUGCUAAGCAGGAGAAAUGCAGAAGAUUUAUUGUCCAUCAGCUUGAAGUAGCUGGUAAAGAGGUAUCCGAGGAAGAAGUCAAUGACAUGCUCCAACAAGGGAAGUGGGAGAUUUUCAAUGAAAAUCUACUCACUGAAGUCAAAAUUACCAAAGCUCAGCUUUCGGAGAUUGAACAGAGACACAAAGAACUAGUCAAUCUGGAGAACCAGAUCAAAGACUUACAGGAACUUUUUAUCCAGAUAUCAGUUCUGGUGGAGCAGCAAGGGGAGAUGAUCAACAACAUUGAAAUCUGUAUGAACAACACUCAAGAAUACACUCAAGUAUCCAAAGAAAAAUUUGGGCUUGCAGUCAAGUAUCGAAAAAGAAACCCUUGCAAAGCAGUAUGCUGCUGGUGUUGUCCAUGCUGCAAGUGACAAAAAAAUAAACUAUUUGAAAUACCAAUGGUUCCUACUUAGUAAACUGAUCUUGUAGAUCAGUCUCAGGAUCCCUCAAUUGCUUCAUUUUUCUUCCCAUUUUCCCUACCACAGAGCUCUCAGGAAAAACUGCAUCUGUUUUUCCAAACAGAGUUAGAAGAAUGCAAAAGAAUUUUAUCGUUUUCACAGAAAUACAUGAACUAGGGGAAAGGAUCAAAGGACACAAGUGACACUUUUUUGUACUUUGACUCUAACACAAUGUGCCAACAUGCUAUCUGCGGUUUUGAGAAGCAUUGAAAAUAUUGUUAAUCUCAAAGACAGGCUUCAUAAGAAUGGUUGAGUUACCUUUUAUAAAAUACUAAUUAGUAUCUUUAAUUGCCUUGUGGUUUUUAGCACUCAUAUUUACUUGGUUCAAAUUCCAAGGGUUUUUUUUUUCCCAGGAAUCUGAAAUUCUACAAGAAGAAUCUACACAUACAGCAGACACCAUUAGUUACAAUCCAGAACAUGAUGCCUAAACCAAACAAGAAGUCAGAAAACAGUUAUCAGGAGUGUUUCAAUACUACCUCUAUAGGAAAAGAGAGAAUCCUUUACACGCAGCUGAGAUGGGGAUUCAGAAAAGACCCUUGGCCAGAACAGUGUAAGCCAAGACUCCAGUAAGAGAGCGUCCAGGAGCCCCACUUGUGAAAAACUACAGCUUCAAAACUCAGACGGCUUUACUUCGAAGAAGGUUUUGCACUGUGAGCUGUAAGUAUAUGCUCUUACAAGACAGAACAGUAUGAACAUGAGGGCUGGUUAAAAAUUUAAGUUAUUGAUGGCGUUGAAU